AUGUCUGACAAUCAAGACGCUGCUAAGAAGGAAGAGGAGAGGAGGAAGAAGAGAGAGGAAACUGCUAGAAAAUUGAUAGAGGAUGAGCAGAAGAGACAGGAGUUUCUCAAGGAGGUCAGGAAGAAGAUGCAAGCGAAAAUCGACAAGGAGAAGGAGGAGGAGGCUGCUAAGAAUAAGAGCAAGUAG